UUUUUUAUUUUUAUUUUUCCCAUCUCUUAACUUGUGUGUAUUCAUUACCACUCUCCUGAGAAAAGAGACUUUUGCCAUCCUGCUCAUCUAUACACAGUAUUGCAAAAUCCGUUGAGUAUACCCUUACAGACACAAAAACCUUGCCACCGACUCUGGGACAACUGUUGCUGACAGGAUGAAGUUUUCUCAUCAGUUGCAAUUCAAUGUUGUACCCGAAUGGGCUGAUUACUACUUGGCGUAUGACAAUUUGAAGAAGAUCAUCUACCAGGUAGAAAAGGAUCUGGUCGCCGCAGGCGCUCCUUCCGGUAGUGAUGUCGAAUCAGGGCAUGGGGAGCCUGAUGAACGAUCUGGCCUACUUUCGACAAGUAGACGCGCACAGGCCAAGGCGAGAGCCAACAGUAUGUUUCUGCCUGCUCUCGACAAAGAGUUGGAAAAGAUCUUGACCUUUUAUUAUAAAAAAGAACGUGAAUUGUAUGUCGAGGUGGAGGCACUUGCCUCAGAUAUUGAGUUUGCCGAGUCCGUAGAUCCAUCAAUUCCUUCUCGAUUGGGAGGAUCUUGUACGCAUCCCAAACCCAAUAGUGGGGGAUCACGCAGGACCAGAUCGCGCACUAAUAGUAGGGCGAGUCGUAGAUCGACGUUGACUCGCACCGGCAGUUGCCGAUAUGAGGAAGCAGUAGCUCAUGCUAAUGCUGCAGUCCUCAAUUCGGCGCUUGAGGCCUCACAGGACGAAGAUCAUGUUCCUAAUCCUGCAUCUGCCACCAGAGGACAUAGCACCGAGCCCUCUGAAGUUACUGCCAACGAUAUCAGUAUCCCUUCACACAACGAACAGGCUCAGGAGGAUGAUGAUGAAGAUGAGCAUGAUGAUGACGAUGCUAAAAGCAUGUGGUUUGAUCCUGAGAUGGAACACGAGAGGAUGCGCUAUCGCCAUAACUGCAUCGAAAUGUUUGUCAAUCUGUCGGAACUCCAAACGUACGCCAAGUUGAACUGCACCGGAUUCUCAAAAAUCCUUAAAAAGUUUGAUAAAAUCUCUGAGAACAACACUAGAAGGAUGUACAUGAAUGAAGUUGUCCUUCAAGCAUACCCUUUCAAGCAAGAGACCACCGCCAAGUUACAGGGGCAAAUUGAUAGGGUCAUUAGUAUUUAUGCUCGCAUUUUCACGAAUAGCGAUCUAGAUGUAGCCAAACAAUCUCUUAGAAUGCAUCUUAAAGAGCAUAUGGUCUGGGAACGAAAUACGGUCUGGCGAGACAUGAUUGGUAUGGAACGAAAGAGUCAGGCCGUUGGGGUUCGCUCUUCAUCUGCGCUUAAAAAAGAACCUAUCUCAAUUGCGGGAUUCGAGCUUCCAGAGUUCAUCUCGCGUGAUCUCCUUGUGAUGACUUUGUGCUGUACCGUCUUUGCGGUACUUCUUUAUGUUCCGCUGUUUGAAGGUCCCGAACAACAAAAUUGUUUUGCGAUCCUCAUCUUUGCCUCGCUACUAUGGGCUACAGAGGCUAUGCCCUUGUUUGUCACAUCAUUAUUGGUUCCUCUCCUUGUGGUGAUGUUGCGAGUCAUGAGAACAGAUGACGAAGAACAUGCGCGUUUGGAUUCCCAUACUGCAGCAAAAAAGAUUUUUUCUCUCAUGUUUUCUCCGGUGAUUAUGUUGCUUCUUGGAGGUUUCGCUAUUGCUGCAGCCAUGAGCAAAUUUCACAUUGCUAAGGCUAUGGCUACUGUCGUGCUUUCGAAGGCAGGCACACGCCCUAGUGCGGUGCUCCUCGCCAAUAUGCUCGUUGCCACCAUCGCCAGUAUGUGGAUUAGCAAUGUUGCGGCUCCUGUCCUGUGCUUUUCUUUGAUUCAGCCAAUUCUGCGAACUCUCCCGCCUAGUUCUUCAUUUUCAAAGUGCCUCAUCCUCGGUAUUGCGCUGGCUUCCAAUGUUGGGGGAAUGGCUUCGCCCAUCAGUUCCCCUCAAAACAUUAUUGCGAUUGAGUACAUGAAACCCGCACCAAGCUGGUUGGAAUGGUUCUUGGUCGCCCUUCCGGUGUGUCUUGUUUGCGAUCUUGCUAUUUGGGCGCUUUUGUUGUGGGUUUACAAACCUUCUAGUAACACUCCUACAAUCAGUACAAUCCGUUCGACUAAAGAUCCCAUCACUGGAACUCAAGUUUUUGUGUGUACUGUCACUUUGAUCACCAUUAUCUUAUGGUGCUUUGAGCAUCGUCUUGAAUGGCUCUUUGGGGAUAUGGGUCUCAUUGCUAUUAUUCCUCUGUUGGCAUUUUUCGGAACAGGAGUUCUCACCAAAGAAGACUUCAAUAACUUUUUAUGGACAGUCAUUAUUCUUGCAAUGGGAGGCAUUGCAUUGGGUAAAGCUGUGGAGUCAUCUGGAUUACUGUUCAUGAUCGCGAAGGCAGUUCAAGGAUAUGUCACCGACAUGUCUGCUUUCGCAGUAUGCUGUGUAUUUGCCUCUCUAGUCUUAGUAAUUGCAACAUUUAUUUCCCACACUGUGGGUGCACUCAUCAUUCUUCCCAUUGUUGCACAAGUGGGGGCCAGCUUGCCUGAUCCUCGCCCUCGCUUGUUGGUCAUGUCGGCCGCACUGAUGUGCUCUGGUGCAAUGGGACUUCCUGUGUCUGGCUUCCCCAACAUGAACGCUAUUAUGAUGGAGGAUGAAAUGGGGCAGCAAUAUUUGAAUACCAGCGAUUUUUUGAAAGUUGGCGUCCCAUCCAGUGUGGUAGCUUGUUUGACGGUUGUGACACUUGGUUAUGGGCUGAUGAGCGUGAUUGGGUGGUAGACUGAUAGACUGCCGUUACAAUAAAAUAUACAG